AUGGGUAAGAGCAGCAAAGACAAAAGGGAUUUGUAUUAUAGAAAGGCAAAAGAACAGGGCUACAGAGCUAGAUCUGCUUUUAAACUACUUCAACUCAAUGAACAAUUUCAUUUCUUGGAUGAUCCAAACUUAAAGAGAGUUGUAGAUUUGUGUGCCGCACCAGGCUCAUGGUCACAGGUACUCUCGAGAAAACUAUUUGACGAAAGUACUAAUUCAGAUAAAGAGGACAGGAAAAUUGUCUCAGUCGAUUUACAACCGAUGUCCCCCAUACCUCAUGUAACAACUUUACAAGCCGAUAUUACUCAUCCUAAAACAUUGGCUAGGAUUCUGAACCUAUUUGGUAACGAGAAGGCCGAUUUUGUUUGUAGUGACGGUGCGCCUGAUGUCACUGGUUUACACGACCUUGACGAAUACGUUCAACAACAGCUAAUCAUGAGUGCGCUACAACUUACUGCGUGCAUUCUGAAAAAAGGUGGAACUUUUGUUGCAAAGAUCUUCAGAGGUCGUGAUAUAGAUAUGCUAUACUCCCAAUUGGGCUAUUUAUUUGAUAAAAUUGUUUGCGCAAAGCCGAGAUCAUCAAGAGGUACAUCUCUGGAAGCUUUUAUUGUUUGUUUAGGCUAUAACCCACCAUCCAAUUGGACACCAAAAUUGGACGUUAAUACAUCUGUUGAUGAAUUUUUUCAAGGCUGUUUUUUGAAUAAGUUAUGUAUAUCAGACAAAUUGUCUCCUUGGAAUGAAGAGGAAAGAAACAUAGCCGAGUUUAUGGCUUGCGGCAGUCUUGAGAGUUUUGACUCAGAUGCGACCUAUCAUGACCUGCCUUCUUCGAUUGCGGGUAGUUCAUCGUCCUUAGAUCCUGUUCAAAGUCCGACAAACCCUCCCUACAAAAAAGCUUUGGAAUUGAAAAGGAGUGGGAAACUUACAAGAUCUGUUUGA